UGGCUGUUCACCUGAAACUAAUAACAGUUAUGGAAACGUUAAUCAACCAACCGUGGACUCUGACCUUGACCCUCCAGUGUCCGAAAUGAAUAAUCACUCAAAGGAAUCAAUUGAAGCGGUACAGCUCCCAAUUUAUGUUACCAAAGAAAAAGCAGCUACCCUAAUCACUCAAGCGACCAAUGAUAACAGCAAUAUAGAACCAAAU